AUGUUACCGGCUAUGGCUAUCAACGAGCAUUAUUUCGUGGAGUGGAAAGAGCAAUCUGUGUCGAAAGAGAGGGGAAACCGUGUAGUUCACUAUUUCUUGAAGGAUAAUUCAGGGGAAUCUAUUCUUGCUGUUGUGGGUACAGAGAGGAGUGUUAGGCAUAUGUGCUAUGUUGUUUCUGAAGAGUUCGUUAGUGCCCAUGGAGCUGAUAGCUCCAUCCAAGCCGGAUUUAGGUGGAGAUCGAGGCGAGAGGUUGUGAAUUGGCUUACUUCCAUGCUCUCUAAACAACACAGAGGAGAUUCUGCAAUUUCACACAGAGAUAACCCUACGUUGGAGGAAAAUAUUCAGCAGACUCAGACGCUUUUUCAUAAGGGUCAUUUAGCUAAGAAUUCGAAAGGUCAUCAUUUAGGCAUUUCCUGGUCAGGCUCGGCAUGGGCUUGUGGUAAACAGUUGAAGCAUUAUCCAGCAUUUUGCCGUAAUGGGAUAUCAAUUGCAGUACAAUCCUUUGUUUUUGUAAUGGCCGAAGAAGAAAACCAUUAUAUUGCGUAUUUGGAGGAUAUGUAUGAAAACAAAAAGGGCCAUAAAAAAGUCAAAGUGAGAUGGUUUCAUCACAACAGGGAAGUCAAGGGAGUUGUUUCUUUGCGUAACCCUCAUCCAAAGGAAGUCUUUAUAACUCCAUACAUACAAGUCAUUAGUGCUGAGUGUGUCGACGGCCCCGCCAUAGUAUUAACACACGAACACUAUGAAAAGUGUCUGUCUGUUUUUCCUCAGGAUCUAUUAGGCCGAGUUCAUUUCUGUUUCAAACAAUUCAAGAGUAGCAAAAUAAGGCCUUUUAAGCUAAGCAAAUUGCGCGGGUAUUUUGAUCAGCCGAUUUUCUCAUGCUUUAGCCCUGAUUUUUUCGAUGAAAAGGAGGUCAGCUCCGAGGAUGACGUGAAAGCCGGAUCCAAAAGAAAAAGAAGUUCCAGAGAGUUCAAUAAGUCGAGAUAUGAUUUAUCGUACAAGAAAUAUGAUCUAACGAGUCGGGAGCCAAAUUUCCUCCUCAAGCACGAUGAGGUCCGACUUCAGCAUACCCCAGUUUUUGUAGUGAAUGAAAAGGUGGAAUUCCUUUGUCAAGACAGUGGUCUUCGUGGGUGCUGGUUCAGAUGCACAGUCUUAGAGGUCUCCAGGAGACAAAUGAAGAUUAUGUACGAUGAUAUCAAGGAUGAGGAUAGUUGCAGCAACCUUGAGGAAUGGAUUCCUACGAAUAGAGUGGCGAAGGCCGACAAAUUAGGAAUGAGACAUCCUGGGCGUUCGACCGUGAGGCCCACAUACCCUUGCAAUGAGGUGGGCCCAAACUUUGAAGUUGGAAAUCCGGCUGAUGCCUGGUGGAAUGAUGGAUGGUGGGAAGGGGUCAUAUCUGCCACAAGUGAUGAUAAAGAAGGUUUUUAUGAAAUUUACAUACCAGGUGAAAAUUUGUAUCUGAAUGUUGAGGUAAAGAACCUAAGAGUUUCGAAAGAUUGGGUGUUUGAUGGUAGGUGGGUGGAUGUCGAGCCAAACCCUCGUAUUCUUGGCAUCAUAUCUGCAAAUAAUAUAGACGCAGCCACAGCUGAUGAUAAUUGUCAAACCCCCGAUCACAAAGUUGAAGAGGAGGUUCAUCACGACUUAGUGGGCAAGAUGCUAAUAAAUGUCCCUUUGAAAGAUGAAAGCACCAACAAAGACAAGGAGAAUAAUUCCGAACAUGUUAACAACGAGAAAGAGGAGAAUAUGGAUUGUGACCAGAGAGGUGAAGCAAACAGUGAAGCUGAUAUUGUGGGAAUUAGCGUUGAAGAUGGCAGUGGGGACCGCAACUUGGUGGAAUGUGAGAUUAUUGCUGAGCUGGAAUCUGAGGGCGAAGCAAUGGAAACCCUGACCAGCCAUUGA